UGUUACACUCUAUAAUGUUCUCCUGCUCCCUGCAGGAGAAUCCCGAAGAGGGCAGGGCCAGCAUCUACAAAUCUCUCAUCAUCAGCACCUCCAAGGAGAUGAUGUGCUUCAGUGACUUCCCCAUCCCAGAUGAUUUCCCCAACUACAUGCACAACUCCAAAAUCAUGGAGUAUUUCCGCAUGUACGCCGACUCCUUCGACCUUCUGAAAUACAUUCACUUCAAGGGGAGGAGAGCUGGCCCAGCGAGCAGGGACCAUUGUGAUCAGUGUGACAAAACGCCCGGAUUUCUCCACCAUGGGCCAGUGGGACAUUGUCACGGAGACUGCGGGGAAGCAGGAGUCAGCCAUCUUCGAUGGAGUCAUGGUUUGCACCGGCCAUCACACCAACGCCCAUCUGCCACUGGACUCCUUCCCAGGGAUUGAAAAGUUUAAAGGCCGCUACUUCCACAGCCGGGAUUACAAGAAGCCCCAGGAGUUCUCGGGGAAGAGAGUCAUUGUGAUCGGCAUUGGCAAUUCGGGAACAGACCUGGCAGUGGAGCUCAGCCACACCGCAGAUCAGGUCUUCCUUAGCACCAGGCAGGGUGCAUGGAUACUUGAUUGGAUUGGAGAAGAAGGGUACCCCAUGGACACAAUUUAUGUCACUCGCUAUAUAGAAUUCCUCAUGCGCAUUGUGCCUCUAUCCCUGCUUAACUACUUUACAGAAAAGAAACUGAAUGCAAAAUUCAACCAUGCAAUCUAUGGCCUGCAGCCUGCACACAGGUGAGCUGUGGAGCCAGGAGGGGAAGGGUCAUCUUCAUUGUGCCCACACAGCCUCCUCACAUCCUUGCACAUGGAUUCCACAGGAGAGUGGAGCGCUGGGAUGUGUCAAGCACUGGAGAGAGGUCCAGCUCCCAUGGCAGAAUGUAUGGGCUCAAGCAAACCUGCAGCUAGAGCAGGGAUGGGCAAACAUUUUGGG